AGUCGUGCGAUCAGCUGACCAGGAAAGAAAGCGCCUGCGUGACAGUCAGAUUCGCUCGAUUUUCCUGACACAAGCGUCCAACUUUUGUAUUGUUUUCCAUUUCAGCUGACCUUAAGCGCCCAACGAGACAUGGCCACAACGAUUAGCACGCAGCGGGGUCAGGUGUAUGUCGGGGAGCUUCCCCAGGACUUUCUGCGCAUCAUGCCCACCCAGCAGCAGCAGCAGGUCCAGCUGGAUGCACAGACCGCCCAGCAGCUGCAGUAUGGAGGCAAUGUGGGCACAGUAGGCCGCCUCAGCAUCACUGUGGUGCAGGCCAAGCUGGCAAAGAACUACGGAAUGACUCGGAUGGACCCGUACUGCCGGGUCCGACUGGGCUAUGCUGUUUAUGAAACCCCUACCGCUCACAAUGGUGCCAAGAAUCCACGCUGGAACAAGGUGAUCCAGUGCACUGUCCCGCCUGGAGUGGACUCAUUCUACCUGGAGAUCUUUGACGAGAGAGCAUUCUCCAUGGAUGACCGAAUCGCCUGGACGCACAUCACCAUCCCAGAAAGCCUGAAGGAGGGCAGUGUGGUGGACGAAUGGUACAGCCUGAGCGGCAGGCAGGGUGAUGACAAAGAGGGAAUGAUCAACCUGGUCAUGUCCUUUACUUCGAUGCCUGCAGGUAUGAUGAUACAACCGCAGCCUGUGGUCCUCAUGCCCACAGUCUACCAGCAGGGAGUCGGAUACGUGCCCAUUGCAGGUGUUCCCACAGUGUACAACCAAGGCAUGGUGCCCAUUGGUCUGCCUGCUGCUCCUGCCCCUGCUGUGCGUGGGAACCUCUGCAGUGAAGAGGACCUCAAGGCCCUGCAGGAUAUGUUUCCCAAUUUGGACAGAGAGGUGAUACGUACCGUGAUGGAGGCUCAGCAAGGGAACAAGGAUGCUGCCAUCAAUUCACUCCUGCAGAUGACUGAGGAGUUGUAAUGCAUGCCAAUUGUAACCCCAGAAACCAUAACCAUAACAACAUAUUGUAAAUAUCUAUAUUGUAUAUGUGCAUCAUUGUGUACUUGUGUCCUAGUUUUUGGCAUACAUCUAUAUUAAGUUAGUAAUAAAUAUUUAAAUGGUUAAAUCUAAAAUAUGAUUGGGGAGAUUUUGGUACAAAGGGGGUUGGAGGGUUGGAGGGUUGGAACAAAAGAAUAUAUAGAGAUGGGGUACAUAAGGAUACUGUAUGAAGAAACUACAAAUACAUAAUAUAUAGCUCUUACAGGGAAGUUCAAACCCACUCAUUUUGCCAUUAUAUUGUGCUGUUAUUGUUAUAAUGCUUUCCAUAUGUAAUUGGAUUUUGGCUAAUUCCAAGCAAACAUUUGCCUCUAAGCACUAUACAAUUAGAGCACUCACAAGUACACAGACAGGCACACCUGUUGUGGUCUGCCAAAGGUGAUGAACAAUUUUUUCCAUUUAUUUUGUUAUUUCACAAAUGUGUUUUAAAAUACAGAACUAUCCAGCAUUCCUUGUAUUUAUGAUAUUAUUGCCCUCAUGGUUCUGAACAGAUUCAUUAAUAGCCAAUCUUAAAGCUUAUGCAUAAAGGUUUUCACUAUUCAAUUUACUUUGGUCAAGUAUGGCAAGCAAGCAGUUCAGUAACAUUUGGAAGCCUGCGCAACCCAUCAUAAACAGUGUCCAACGAAGCUUAUUUCAUUGUCUGUUGAAAACAUCCUCUGGAUAAAUCAAAAUCACACUUCUGCAUUUUCAAAUGACAGGACUGUGCAGCAUGCUUUCUUUUUAUAAUAAGUGGCAGCGCUUAAACCCCAGUCAAUGUUUCAGUUCAUGCCAUCUGUAUCACCUAUGUGCUACCAGUGUUAAAUGCAGAAAUACCCCAACUUGAGCAUUGUUGUAUGAUUUUAAAUAUUAUUGUACUGCUACUGCUCUGUGAUUGAAGCCAAAGAAUGUCUAUUUAUUGCUACCCUGCAAAUUUCAACCAACUUCUAAUCCAGAUGAUCUAGUAUAUUUUUAUUAUGUUUCAUUUUGUAUAAAUGGAAUGCUCAUGAAAAAGUUGUUUGUCUGUUUGUGCGUGCAUACACAGUGCAGAAGAAAGAUGCUGCCUUGCACGUUGCAUUCUGCUUUGAUUAUACUGGAUCAGAAACUCCUGGAUCUUGCAUUUUGUUCUAUGUUCUCUUUCAGUUAAAAGGUAGCUUCUGGGUCAUGCCAGAUUUUCAUCCUAGCCUGACACACAAACAUCAACUCAUCACUCUACACUGUGUAACCUAGUAAGUGGUGACUCAAAUUGUGUGUAAUGCCUCCC